AAAGAGUCGGUCAAUAGAUUAAAAUUUCUCUCAAAUUGCUUGGUUUUCAUCUUAAUUCAUAAUUCUCCUCUCCCUUCAUAGGAACCAUUAUGAAUUCGAAUUCGAUUCAAAGCUUUGAUGCCUUGCCCCACAAUCUUCGAGAGUGUUUCUUGGACAUGGCCUCAUUUCUUGAAGACCAAAGGAUAAUAGCUUCCACUAUAAUUGACUUAUGGUCUGCAUCAUACGGUAAAGAGGGUAUGAAUAACCUCCAAGAUCUUGCCUCUCGCAAUCUCCUUAAACUUCUUCCUAUUGGGAGAAAUGAGUAUGAAGAUGGUUUCUACAAUGAGUUAUUGGUUAAACAAGACAACGUCCUUAGAGAAUUUGCUAUAAAUCAAUGCCUAAAAGAGUCGUCUUCGAUUUUCGAAAGGAAAAGAUUAAACUUGGAGAUACAAGAUAACAAAUUCCCAAACUGGUGUUUAAAUCCAAAACAACCUAUUGUUAUUAAUGCAUCUCUCUUUUCUAUCUCUACUGAUGAUUCAUUUGCAUCAAGUUGGUUUGAAAUGGAUUGUCCAAAUGUUGAAGCUUUAGUUCUUAAUAUCUCUUCAUCAAACUAUGCAUUACCAAACUUCAUUGCUACUAUGAAGGAAUUGAAGGUUGUGAUUAUCAUAAAUCACGGUCUUGAGCCUGCAAAGUUGACUAACUUGUCUUGUCUCAGCUCGUUACCAAACCUGAAACGGAUCAGAUUCGAGAAAGUUUCAAUCAGUUUGCUUGACAUUCCCAAACUUGGUCUCAAGAGUCUUGAGAAGUUGUCCUUAUGGUUUUGUCACGUUGUUGAUGCUCUCAACGAAUUAGAAGAUGUUUCUGAAACUUUACAAAGUCUACAGGAAAUCGAGAUUGACUAUUGCUACAAUCUUGAUGAAUUACCAUAUUGGAUCUCUCAAGUUGUUUCAUUGAAGAAGCUUAGUGUCACAAAUUGUAACAAGCUUUGCAGAGUCAUAGAAGCUAUAGGUGACUUAAGGGACCUUGAAACGCUGAGACUGAGUUCUUGUGCUAGUCUCUUAGAGCUACCUGAAACGAUUGACAGACUCGACAAUUUGCGGUUUCUUGAUGUUUCUGGUGGCUUCCAACUGAAAAACCUGCCUCUAGAAAUUGGAAAGCUCAAGAAGCUUGAGAAGAUUUCGAUGAAAGAUUGUUAUCGAUGCGAGUUACCGGAUUCUGUGAAGAAUCUAGAGAAUCUGGAAGUGAAAUGCGACGAAGAUACUGCGUUCUUGUGGAAAAUAUUGAAACCAGAAAUGAAGAAUCUGACGAUCACAGAGGAAAAAACAGAACAUAACCUCAACUUGCUUCAACUGUUUUAA